GAUUAGUCAGUAAACAACUCGAAUUUCGUGCAAUCCACAGUGAAGAACCACUUACUCUUGAGCAUCGCCAGCAGUUCAAGCCCUUCCCUCGUCACCCGGAUCUAUCGUCACUUUCAAACAUACUUCAGCGGAGUCCCAUCCACAAUGCGUUUGGCCGAGACUUGGGUUCAAGCAACGUUUGUCAUAAUAGCCUUGGUUGCGACGCUGGGCUUUCAAACUUCACGAGCGUCGAUGACUGCAAUCGGCAAGGGGCUCCAACUGGGUUGGAAAAUAGGUCUACAUAUUCCACCUGGGGUAGAAGUAGAUACCAAGCAACUGGGCGCAAUCAUGAAGGAUGCAGUUGUCCAGAACCCAGAUCUCCUGAAAGAUGAUGAUCAAUUCUCAGCUAGAGUAAAAAAAGAGUGUUUCAAAUUAGUAGUGGCCAACCACUCCGCCUAUGACCAUGGUCAAAGCUCCACUAGCAAAGGGAAGAAGGGUGCAAAAGUUGUUCCCGAUGUGUAGCAGGUGCACUGGCUCAUGUAUGGCACUGGAAAUUGACAUGCAACCAUGUAUCACUGGGCAAUGAACUCAAGCAUGGAAAUCAAUCUUACAC